AUGGCUGCAGAAGUGGCUGAAGCGAUCUCUAGUGGCGGCAUAGACGUGGUCAAUUGCUAUUGCUGUGGGUUGACGGAAGAAUGUAGUUUCGCGUACAUCGCUCGCAUGCGUGAGAGAUACGGUCGGUGGAUAUGUGGACUGUGUGCCGAAGCCGUUAAGGAUCAAGCUCUUAGAUUUAAUCUUUGCACCGAAGAAGCAGUGAAACAGCAAAUGAAAUUCCGCCAGCAGUUCAAACUAUCGAACCCUCCAGUUAAUGCCACUGAACAUUUGAUUUCGGCCAUGAAACAUGUCCUCCGGCGGAGUCUGGAUCCUCCCCAUAAAGCAUAA